AUGGAUUUGGCUUACGUAACUUCUGUCAACUGUCCAGACGUUUUUGAUAGUUCAGUGGAUAAUUUUUUUACGGCGGAUGUUACAAUCAACAAUUCCAGUGACCUUAUUCACUCAGCUCAAAUAAUUUUUCGAGGAUAUGUUUGUAAAGGCGACCGAUUGCAAUACGAGUUUUUUCAUGAGCAACAAUGGGUUCUAGUAGAGCCGGGAGGAGAACAAUCCCAUCGAGCAGUGGUAGAUGUGUGGCUUCCCCGAUUCCCUCCAUCUAUCAAAUUCCCAGAUGGAAGUGAAAUUAUCUACUGUGUACGUGCUUCUGUUGCUCCCUGGUUUGACAACAACUACGUCGAGAAGAAGUUUGAUGUUCGAAGAUCAUUAAUUCUAAAAAUGCCACACGAAGCGUGUUAUCCGGUUGAGCACAUGGUUAAUAAAUGUGUAGAGCACGGGAGUAUCCUGCAUAAAAAAUGCGAUCCUAUAAAUGGCCAAAUCUUCUUGGACAAGCUUGCGUUUUGUCAUGGAGAGGAAAUUCAAGUGGGAUGGGAACUGAAAACCGAGAAAUCUGUAAUUGAGCAUUUUACGUGUAAAUUGGCACAACUAAUAGAAGUUCGAGAAAGCGACCCUAGCAACUAUUUGGCAACGCGACGCUUUGUCAAAAUUUUGAAAGAGCAAAAGUCGACGACCAACUCAUUUAUCUCUUUGGUGGUUCCUCCAGAAUGUUUGAUUUCUAUUCCAAUGUCCCUAUGGAAUGUGUUGCUGGUGAAACACGAAAUAGUGCUGGAAAUCAAGAUGCAGAAAAGGAAGCAGCCCGUUGUCUUCAAAUAUCCAAUUAUAAUUUGCAACGAGGAAGUGGCGAAACACAAGCGACCAAAAGAAGCAGUUCCUGUUUUCAAGCGUGUCCAAGAUGUGGAUGACGAUUCAGAUGAUGAUGACGACUACGACUCAGAAGAUGAAGAAGAAGGCCCCCCACAGCGAGAUUAUUCUGUUGACAUUGAGAAGCUCGCCGUCACAAACGUCAUGGAGUCAGAACAAAAGCCUUUGGAACGAGCAGAUGUUGGUGUGACAUUCAUCAUGAAUAGUUCCAAACCACAACAGUUGCGUUCUCUCCGCCUGUUACUAACCGGUGAGGUCAGAGUUGGAGGAUUAUGGUACGAGUUUCUGCGAUUCAAAGCAAUCGCAAACUUGAGCCAUAACACAUUGUUGUCGCCUGGAGAGCACAGUUUUCGAUUUCAACUUCCUUUCUCCGAUUCUCAAUAUGACACUUCCAUCCUCCCGCCCACUCUAGGGGACGAAAUUCGAUAUAUGAUUCAUGCAAGUACAGAGAGCCUCCGCAAAAAUGUGUUCCAACAGCGAUGUGAGCUUCUAGUGGACAGAUUCAUCGAUACCUGGGCCAAAGAAGCUUACAAGCCAGCGUACACUGAAGAAUAUGGAGCUACAAAAAUACAUUUGUCUCAAAGAUGCUUCAAGCGUGGGAAGCAUGUGAUCGUUGCUCUGCAUGGAAGUGAUCCAAUAUAUGUGAAAGGAUCGUUGGUGCAGAAAAAGCGACUACGAGUGCCAAAUGUGAAGCUAGAUGAGAGUUACUGUAGCCAGAGAGUUGUUCGAGUCAGUGAAGAAGAGAUAAGACGAAAAAACCACAUCCACACGAUGCACAUCCCGUACAAUAUCCCUCCAAGCAUUGAAAUUUGCUACUGGAAUGUGCUUCAAAUUGAGUAUCACUACGAUGUGGAGAUCACACUGGAAGGCGGACACACUCAUAAUCAUUCCAUUCCAAUUUGGAUAGGAUGCACCGAAGAUAAUCUUAUUUUGCCGACUCAAACGGAUGAAGUGUUGCCUGAGCAUGCGACAAUCGUGGAUGAGCCGUAUGAAGAGCUGCCAGAGUUUGAAGUAGUGCACACCGAUGAGACCCAUGAGCACCCAUACUGGGUAGAGCGCAUUAACACAGAUACCUAUUAUCAGAAUUGA